AUGCCCGAGUUCUACGUGCCCACAGUGCCUCAAGUAUACCGAAAAAUCCGUUAUAAAGUCAAUUACGUUCUUGUAGAUGCCAGGCUGAAAUGGUACUCGACCUCAAAAAACCCCAGAGUCAUUCUGGCCAAGUUCCAUGGCCAGAGGCUCAUAUCGCUCAGAGUGAAUCCUCGUGACAAGUAUUUCAUCAAACCAGGAGAGUUUUUGACGGUGGAGCGAAAGCGACUAAACUCGUUCAGCAUGAAUAGCUUCAUUGCUUUGUACAGCCAACCGACCAAUGUGACGAAGAUACAAGUUGACGAAGGUACAAAGGAGGCAGAGGAGACAAGAGACGAAAAAAGGAAAGAUGAGUCUUUGUCGAUUUCUGAAAUGCUCUACCUGUCUGUGAAAAAGGCCUCCAGUCACUUUCGAGGCUUCCUGAGAGACGGGCCUGUUGCAAUUCCUUCAGAGAAGAAGGAGAGCAAGCGUCAGAGAGUGUACCAGUUCUUGAGGAAGAUGAAACACAGAAAAAGAGUACUGUCUGCCGAGAACAUCAAGCAAAAAAUGGAAAGCUUGCAUUUCGACGAGCCAGUCGAAUCGCCUAGCUCUAAAGUGUGGGAAAGAGUGAUCAACGAUGUGUCGCUUUCGGCAGCACAGAUUUCCACCGGGAGCGCUCCAGGCUCAAGAGAUGAGUUUGAGAACUUGAGUAGUGAUUUCACUGAAGGAAGAAGAAAGGAGAUCACUAGUGCCUAG